CGUACAGUUUUAUCCUCGUCCUCGUCCUCGUCCCUGGAGGGGACGGAUGCUAUAAAAACCUCCUGGCCAGACCCACGACUCCUCCCAAUCCAAGGUGGUCGUGCUCACCGAUUUUCCUUUUUCCACGAGUGGAUUAGCGCGUAGAUUACAGAUCUUCUUCGUCGGCGGUGUGGCCUGUGAGAGAGACCAAAAAUCUCAGAUUCCGGCGAGGGAUCUGGCAUUCUCUUCUCGCGCCGCAAACAAAGGUCGCGGCUUUCGUGUUGUUGCCCAUCCGGUGGCCCGGUUGCUGACCGAGCGUGGAGGUUGGUGGUGCCCGCUAGCUGUUCGACGACGGUGACGACGAGGCCGGGGUCGACCAUGGUGGCGGCGGCGGCGGAGCGGGUGGUGGCGGAGCUCCGCGAGGCGUGCGCGGCGCCGGCGGCGCGGCUGAACGAGGUGGCGGCGGCCAUGGAGGCGGAGAUGCGCGCGGGGCUGCGCGAGGAGGGCGGCAGCAAGAUCAAGAUGAUCAUCUCCUACGUCGACAAUCUCCCCACCGGGAACGAAGAGGGUGUCUUCUAUGCCUUGGAUCUGGGCGGAACAAACUUCCGCGUCCUGCGCGUGCACCUGGCGGGGAAAGACAAGCGUGUCGCCAAGCGAGAGUCCAAGGAGGUGUCCAUCCCUCCUCACCUCAUGUCAGGCAACGCUUCGGAGCUGUUCGGUUUUAUCGCUUCGGCGUUAGCCAAGUACAUCGCGAGUGAAGAAGGGCACAGCAAUGUGUUUGAUGAUGACAAGCAGAGAGAGCUUGGGUUCACAUUCUCUUUCCCUGUCCGACAAACUUCGAUUGCAUCAGGCACGCUCAUCAAGUGGACCAAGGCAUUCUCGAUCGAUGACGCUGUAGGUGAGGAUGUUGUCGCUGAGCUGCAGACGGCCAUGGAGAAGCAAGGCGUCGACAUGCGUGUAGCUGCACUGAUCAAUGAUACCGUUGGGACACUGGCCGCGGGUCGGUACAAUGAUGAGGAUGUAGUCAUUGGUGUGAUAUUAGGUACUGGCUCAAAUGCCGCGUACGUUGAAGAGGCAAGCGCCAUACCGAAGUUGGAGGGCGAGUUACCCAAAUCAGGGAACAUGGUGAUAAACACAGAAUGGGGUAACUUCGACUCGUCCUGCCUCCCAAUCACAGAAUAUGAUGAAGCCUUAGAUGAGGAAAGCUUAAACCCAGGGGAACAGAUCUUCGAGAAGUUGAUUUCGGGAAUGUAUCUUGGCGAAAUUGUAAGGAGGGUGCUGCUUAAAAUCGCAUCACAGUCUUCAAUCUUCGGCAAUGUCAGCCACACUUUGCUCAAAACUCGCUUCAUUCUGAGGACUCCGGAUAUCUCUGCAAUGCACCAUGACGAUACGCCUGACCUGAGAAUCGUGGCUCAGAAACUGGCCGACAACCUCAAGAUCAUGGACACAUCCUUGGAUACAAGGAAGAUGGUCGUCGAGAUCUGUGACAUCGUCACCAGCAGGUCUGCCCGGCUGGCCGCGGCAGGGAUCGUUGGGAUCCUCAGGAAGAUAGGGAGAGCAGUGCCCGGCGACGAGCGCCGGUCCGUCGUCGCCAUCGACGGCGGCCUGUUUGAGCACUACGCCGAGUUCAGGAAGUGCCUGGAGAGCACGCUGGUGGAGCUGCUCGGGGAGGAGGCGUCGAAGUCGUUGGUGGUGAAGCUCACCAAGGACGGGUCUGGCCUCGGAGCCGCCCUGAUCGCAGCUGCUCAGUCCCAGUAAUAGUACCACCACAGAAUGGCCGUGUGUCGUUGUGCUGGUUCCUGGCAGUCGUCAUGUACCUGUUGUGAAUUCCUCCUGUAUGUUUCCAAAAACAAGUUUGCUUGGAAUUUGCCAAGCACAUGUUCUAAUGGAAAGUUGCUAUGCGGAAUCCUUGUGAGCU